UUACACACUGUUUCAGUCUCUUAAAAACUAGUCUUUUCAUCUUUUCCCUCUGUUUAAGGGUGUGUUUGGCUGCCUUUUUACUCAUAGAGGGAAAAAAAGGGAGAUUUAGUUUUUUAACAAAAGAAAGAUAAGCAGGGUUUAUUGGUGUUUGUUUGUCUUCUUUGAAAUGGGUAGAAUGGAGGGACAAGAAGAAAUGGGAUUUAUUGGGGAGCAUUUUGACCCAAACAAUUUCAUGGGAGGGGAGAAGGAAGAUUCUGGAAGUGACAACUAUGAUACUGUCUCAGUAGAAGAUCUCCCUGAGGGACCUUCUCAGAAUAAGAACAAUAAGAAUAAGGACAAAAGGAGAAAGAGAUAUCAUAGGCAUACACCUCAGCAAAUUCAAGAACUUGAAAAUUUCUUUAAGAACUGUGCUCACCCAGAUGAAAAACAAAGGCUGGACAUUGGUAGGAGACUUGGACUAGAGAGCAGGCAGGUUAAGUUUUGGUUUCAAAAUCGUCGAACACAAUUGAAGUCGCAAAUGGAACGCCAUGAAAAUGUAGUCCUUAAGCAGGAAUAUGACAGACUUAGGCAUGAGAACAUUGCAUUGAAGGAUGCUAUUAGGAACCCAAUGUGUCAAAAUUGUGGAGGCCCGAAUAUUUUAGGGGAAAUAUCGAUGGAGCAAAACCAUUUAAAGGUUGAGAAUGUCCGUUUGAAGGAUGAACUUAGUCGGGUUUGUACUCUUGCUGAAAAGUUCUUGGGCAAACCCAUAACCAACUAUGUUGGUCCCAUUUCAAUCUUGGCUCCAAAUUCCAGUUUGGAGUUAUCCAUGGGGAGAGGAGGAUUGAAUGGGCUAAUGGGUCCUCCUUCUCCAUUACCCAUGGCCAUUGGACCUAACCUUGAAAAUGGGGUUUCAAGUACUUCUACCUUGACAACUUGCAUGAAUGGUUCAGUGAUCAGCGAGUAUGAGAAAACAAUGUUCAUGCAAGCUGCAAUGGCUGCCAUGGAUGAACUGCUAGCGUUGGCUCAGACCGAUAGUCCUUUGUGGUUUAAAGGCUUGGAUGAUGGUAAGGAAAUGUUGAAUCAUGAGGAAUAUCUCAAGAAAUUUUCCGGUUUCAUGGGAAUGAAACAAUGUGGCUUCAUAACCGAUGCCUCGAAGGAGACAGGUUCAGUGUUCAUCACUGGAUUGGAGCUUGUCGACAUAAUGAUGGACCCUGGUCAAUGGCAAGACGUGUUUCCAUGCAUGAUAAGCAAGGCCGCAGCUGUGGAGCUUAUCUGCAGCGGCACUUGUGGUACCCAUGAUGGUGAACUUCGGAUGUUGAAUGCAGAGAUUAUUUUUCCGUCACCUCUUGUGCCUUUCCGCCAAGAGAAGAUACUGCGGUUCUGCAAACAGCAUUCAGAAGGGAUGUGGGCAGUGGUUGACAUUUCGGUUGACAUGAUCCGAGAACCAUCAUUUUCAGGGUCCUCCACCAAGUGGAGGAGACUUCCUUCUGGUUGCAUUAUUCAAGAUGUUGCCAAUGGCUAUUCCUUGGUUACUUGGAUUGAACAUGUGGAAUAUGAUGAAAAUUGUAUUCACCAACUGUAUCGGCCAUUGCUGAGAUCAGGAAGGGCUUUUGGUGCUCAAAGGUGGCUCGCCACCCUACAGAGAGAACGUGAUUGUGCUGCUGUUUUCAUGUCUGCUAGAAUCUUUCCUGAUGAUACUACCGUAGGAGUUGUCACUCCAGAGGGUAGGAGAAGCAUUUUGAAACUGAUGAGGCGCUUAAGCAACAAUUUGUGCUCAGGGCUAUGUGCCUCUGCUGCAUGUCGCUGGGAGAAGCUGCAAGUCGGAGGGUUGGCUUCUGAUGUGUGUGUUAUGAGCCGUGUUGGCUUGAACGAGCCUGGAGAGCCGUCAGGAGUGGUGCUCAGCGCCUCAACUUCAGUUUGGAUGCCAGUAUCAAGACAACACCUUUUUGAUUUCUUACGAGAUGAGAAACUCAGGGGACAAUGGGAUAUCUUAGCUAAUAAUGGCCCAAUGGAAGUUAUAGCCCGUCUUUCCAAGAGCCACGAUGGGAAUAACUGUGUUUCCCUCUUAUGUCCACCAGCUGCGCCAGCAAAGGAGAGCAACAUGCUAAUACUGCAGGAAUCAUGGACAGACCGCACCGGAUCUUUCCUAGUGUAUGCUCCAGUAGACUCAACAUCAAUCGAAUCAGUCUUGAGGGGCGGGGAUUCUGAUUACCUGGUACUUCUGCCCUCGGGAUUUGCAAUUGCUGAUGCACCUAUGCUUUCAAAUGUGCCUUCAUUAGCCAACGACAAUAGUAACGGAGGUGCAUGUGCAUUGACUUUAGGCUUCCAAAUUCUGGUCAACAAUCUUCUGAAUGCAAAACUCACAGUGGAAUCCAUCAAUACUGUCAAUGAUCUGAUGUCCUGCACAGUCCAGAAGAUCAGAGACUCCCUCGGUGUGUCAACUGAUCUUAAUCUCGCUAACCGAAACAAAGGGGAUGUUUAUGUACAUGUCAUAGAACAAAUGAUAUAGGAUUUUGGUGGUUGAAUGUUGUCAAAUGUGGGUUCUUUUACAUGGGAGCAGUUUUGAGUCAAGAACGAACCUCAGGCAAUUACUUGCUAGUUAACGUGUCUGUCUUGAUAAUUUCAGACAUCUUAGAAGCAGCUACAAUAUGGGCUCAGGUUCGGGUAUUGACUCACUUUGAAAAAAUAGUUUUUAAGACAAAUGAGGUGUUGUUUAAUGGUUAUACAGUUCUGUAGUUGUUAUGUGAGACUACAGUUUUAAGAUCUGAAAUUGGGUGUUCUAUGCCCUAUGUUUGUUAUUUAGAUUUGAAAUUUUGGUGGGAAAUUUUGUUUUUGAGUUCAUAAGUUCUUCAA